GCGCGCCUGUGCAUUCGCCGCCCUCCCUGGCGUUCGCCUGCAUCCUUGCCGCCGGCAGCUUCUCUCUCUGUUUCUCUGCGGCUGCCUGCGCGCCUUUCUUCCCGGAAAGGAGCUCCUCGCCUCGUUGCAGCGGCGGCGGCGGCGGCGGAAGGCGCUUGGCGGGGCCGAUGAUGACCUCACGCGGCCACGUCUCGGAGCGGCUGUCGGCGGCGCGGAUUGGCUGGCGCGGGCUCAGCGGCACUUCAAAGCCGGCGAGGGAGCUACAAUUGUGGUGGAAUGGGCGGAACUGAUCAUUGUAUUGCACACCUCUUAAAAAAAAACACUGCCUCUGAUUUAUCAAUAUAAAAAAGAUCCUCUGAGAGGAGGGCACUUUGUGGGAUGGCAACUUCACUUCUAGGGGUGAGUCUGAGGAUUUUCUCCCCCCCCCCUUUGCUGUUUUAAUUGGGUCCUUUUUAUUGGCGAUUGGAGAAGGGUUAAAGUAGCCCCUCUCUUGACCGGGGGCUAUCAGUCUCUCCUAUUGAGGCUUUUAUUUUUUUCCCCUCUUUUGCCUUUCUCUCUCUAAGUCCAAGUGAGUUCGAGAGAAAAGAAAGCGGAAAAAGGGGAGGGGGAGGAAGAAAGAGGGCAGUCACUUUUUUUUGUUUUUUUGUCAGCGUGCAGGCAAAGGUUUUAAGGGCAUUAGUAGGAACCACGUCCAGAGCUUGGGCUGAGCUAUUCCUGUAUCCCCGGAUAACUGGCCUCUCUCCCUCUCCCUCCCUCUAUUAUCUGCUCCGAGGGAAAAAGUAGCUGCCUCGCUCGGUCUCCUCUUUCCCUGCGGGAUUUUUUCCCCUUCCUUUUUUAAAAAAAAUUUGCGACAGCCUGUUGUUGUUGUUUUUCCCCUCCUUUAACAUUUCACUGAGCCCGUCAUUUCCUGCAGGUAUGUGAAACCUUUUCCUCUCAAUCUAAUUCCUAGCUGUGGGUGAACAGGAAAGGUGGCGGCGGGUGGUUCUUGGGUUGUUGUUUUUUGUUGGAGUUUGGGGGGAGGAAACUGCCGUGGGAAAAAGAACCCCCUUUAAAAAGUUCACAGACAGCUGGGUGGGGAAAGAGAUCUGAAUCUGGAUCGUUUUGGCUAAAUCCUGGAGUAGACUUUGGAAACCGAGCGACUCUGGAUUGGGGCUCCGGGGUUGCCCAAGCAUCUCCCGGUCGCCAGUAGGAGCCCGUGAUGUAUCUGGACGGGGCUUUAGCCUUCGUUCCUGCUCCUCGGCCCCCCUCGGGGAUGCGUUUUCAGCUUCAUGCCCAGAAGCCGUCGGCUUUCUUUCAAAGCCAGCCUCUCCGGGGGGUUUUGAGCGGGGAGACGGGAGCUUAAAUGUCCUCCGGGGAGCCUCGAGGAGGCGUCCGGCAGCAGCUCCUCGAGCGCGGCUGGCUCCUGGCCGCCCCCGUCUCCCCAUCCGCGGGCAAGCCGAGCAGCGCGGGGGGCUACCCUGGCCGUGAGGUCUCUUUCCCGGGCGAUUCUGACGCGCGCUUCCCUGCGGGCCUCUCUCCCUUCUCGCUGCAGGAAGAACCGCGCCUGGGCUCCACUCCGCUGGCCAUGCUCGCCGCCACCUGCAACAAGAUCGGCAGCCCCAGCCCCUCGCCGUCGGCGCUGUCGGACAGCGCGUCGCCCUUCGCCAAAGGCUUCCACCCGUGGAAACGCUCGUCGUCGUCGUCGGGCAGCUGCAACGUCGUGGGCUCCAGCCUGGCCGGCGUCGGCGUCUCAGCCUCGGCCCGAAACGGCUCUUCGGCUCACGCGGCGGCGGCGGCCGCAGCAGCGGCGGCGGCUGCCGCGCUCGUCUCGGACUCGUUCAGCUGCGGCGGGUCGCCGGGAUCCAGCGCCUUCUCGCUCACGUCCAGCGGCGCCGCGGCGGCAGCCGGCUCGCCCUUCGCCAACGACUACUCCGUCUUCCAGGCGCCCGGGCCGUCGGGGGGCGGCGGCGGCGGCGGGGGAGGCAGCGGCGGCGGCGGAGGGGCGCAGGACGCGCACCAGCCGGUCUUCAUCUCCAAGGUGCACACGUCGGUGGACGGCCUGCAGGGCAUCUACCCGCGCGUGGGCAUGGCGCACCCGUACGAGUCGUGGUUCAAGCCUUCGCAUCCGGGCGACGCGGGCGCCUCCAGCUGGUGGGACGUGGGCGCCGGCUGGCUCGACGUGCAGAACCCCAACGGGGUCCACCCGGCCGCCGCGGGGCUCCCCGCCGGCUCCCUGCACUCCCCUCUGGGCGCCUACAACUCGGAUUACUCGGGCCUGGCGGGCCACUCGGCCUUCAGCAGCGGCGCGGCCUCGACGCACCUCCUGAGCCCCGCCGGGCAGCACCUCAUGGACGGAUUUAAGCCCGUGCUGCCGGGCUCGUACCCGGAGCCGUCGCCGUCGCCCCUGACGGCGGGCGCGGGAGGCUCCAUGCUGGGCGCGGGCCCCUCCGCGCCGCUAGGCGGCUCCCCGCGCUCCUCGGCGCGCCGCUACUCGGGCCGCGCCACUUGCGACUGCCCCAACUGCCAGGAGGCCGAGCGGCUAGGCCCCGCCGGCGCCAGCCUGAGGAGGAAAGGCCUGCACAGCUGCCACAUCCCCGGCUGCGGCAAGGUGUACGGCAAGACGUCGCACCUCAAGGCGCACCUGCGCUGGCACACGGGCGAGAGGCCCUUCGUGUGCAACUGGCUCUUCUGCGGCAAGCGCUUCACGCGCUCGGACGAGCUGCAGCGCCACCUGCGCACGCACACGGGCGAGAAGCGCUUCGCCUGCCCGGUCUGCAACAAGCGCUUCAUGCGCAGCGACCACCUCAGCAAGCACGUCAAGACCCACAGCGGAGGCGGCGCGGGAGGAGGAGGCGGCGGCGGAGGCGGCGGCGGCUCGGGAGGCGGCAAGAAAGGCAGCGACACCGACAGCGAGCACAGCGCCCCCGGCAGCCCGCCCUGCCACUCCCCGGAGCUGCUGCAGGCCUCCGAGCCCGGCCACCGGAACGGCCUGGAGUGAAAGCGGCAGGCCCCGAGGCAAGGCCCCGAGGGGACUCCUUUUCGUGUGUGUGUGUGGUUUUCCUUCCUUCUCCUCCCGCCUUUUUGUUUUCCCGCCCAGCCGCCUGAGGGGAAACCUCGCGCCUGUCUCAGCGACUCUGGUCAGGGGGUUAAAAACAAAAACAAAAAACACGCGGGAAAUCUCUCUGGACAUGUAAGUAGCGCCGCGCAUUGAUCCCCCGCACGGACCCCUCACUGGGCUGCCUUGCCCCGCAAGCCCCGGCCCCCGGCCGCCCUCGCAGCUACGCCGCCUGAGCCGCGCACGGGCGAGAGGAGAAGGAGGAGGAACUUUCUCGCGGGAUCUUUGGGGGUCUCCCAAGCAGCUGCUCCAGAGAGGCAGCACCCCCUCCCCACUGACUUCCACGCUCCAAGGGGAAGAGGUUUUAUUUUUUGGCAGGGGGGAAGUCUCCAACCUGCGGGACGGAGGGAGGGCGUGGGAUCCCGAUCUGGACAAACUACAGAGCCAACAACCUAUUGAUUGAGAAUUAGAGUGUCUUAUCAGGAAACAAAACAAAAAGCAGCCAAGAUCUCCCGCUGAAAGCACUUUGAAUUAAAUAUAUAUAUAUAUUAUGGGAAGCUUUUUUAAAUUAAAAAAAACCCACAUUAUUUCGGACCACUCCUAAACUUCUCUUCAACUUUGCAUUGAACUGCAGUCGCCAGCCCGCUAGAAUGCUGCCCGUUGAAGUUGGUGGGAUUACUCUGGAGUAAAAGGGUGAAGCCUGAAGCAUUUGUGUGUGUGUGUUUGUGGAUAUGUGAGUGUGCAUGUAGGUGUGAUCACUAACCAGCCCCAUUCGCAAAUCACUUACGCCAGAGUAUUCAGAAUUGGAAUGAAGUGGGUACUUAUUUUACAACAUUUCCAAGUAAACUGCUUCGGAGGCUAGUCCAAGGCAUUUUAGUCUGUGAUCCCUACCUGAGGUUGGGGGGGUGGGGGGGGGGUGGGGCGUUACAUUCAAUGGGAGUCAAUUAAACUUUCUUCCAAGUAAAGGAGUGUUUUGAGUGAUAUCCCCUUUGAAGCCCGUGAGAUUUACAGCCAAAGGAAAAUUCCUGAAUUUCAGCAGAUUUCGCUGGCAUCCAAUUCUAAAACAAUUGCUCUGAAAUAAGUGACUUCAAUAAGAGGUUAUGUCCAAGGAUCUUCUUGGUGUCCUUAGGAUUUCAACUUUACAGCUCAACCCCAUAUAUGUUUACACAGAAGUAUGUAAAACUGAAUUAAGUUGCCUUAAGCUACAAUCCUAUGCAUGCUUAUGGGAGUAAUAUCCAUUGAGCACAGUGGAUCUUACUUCUGAAGAAAACAUGCAUAGGGUUGGGCUGCACUCAUUUCGUUCAAUUGGACUGUAUCAGUGUAAACCCCACUAAUUUAAGUGAAUUAUGGAUUGGGCUAUAAAUCUAAGUUCUCUGCCUUAAUUGAUCACAGCCUAAAUCAUGCUUAGUCUUUUUUUCUUUUAAAAAAAUGCUUCUUGGAGAAAGUGUAAUUACUCUGGCAAAUCCAACACUUUUGGACACAAACAUUUACAUUUGUUCUUGGAAACCUUGAGUAUAAUCCAGACAAAUUUAAUGUCCAGUUGGUUUCAGUGGCUAAACUCAAGAUUGAUUCUAUCCUAUUGAAAUCAAAUGACUUUAAAUUGCUUAAUUGUGGCUGGAUAGUGCCCAUAAUUCGAAAUGUGUUUGACUUCAGAUCUCUUCUGGUGAUUUUUCUCUUAAAAGAUAGAGAUAUAGCCUAAUUUUCAGUAACUUCAUUUUCUUAAAAGUUUCUCCCAUGUUUAAAAAAUUGUACCAGCGUGAUAGCCCUCUGAUUUCAGAGUUUCAGCAUCUAUAUUCAUGCAGUGCUCUAGAUGCACCUAGGAUUAAAAUUAUUAUUUGUAGCAUUAUUUUUCUGAUUUAAAUAAUUUAAAAAGUACCCUUGCUUUUCAGCGAGCCUGUAGUUUGAAUGCCAAAAAAGAGGGGGGUCAUAGGGACACAUAUUUGUAAAAUAAUUCUAAACCUAAUGGUUUGUACAACGGAAUCGUUGUAAAAUAGCUAACAAAUAUAACUCCACCAGUGUAUCGGUGUGAGAUGCAGUUGUCCAGGAGAUGAUUUUGUAUAGUAUUUUUAUUGUAUAUUACUUCCAGUAAAUAUUUGAAAAUAUAUUAAAGUACACUUGAGCUUCCCCCCCUUCUUCCCCCCUCCUCUUUUUGGUCACAAGAAAAUAUUAAAGCAUUAUUGUUGCAGUCCUAAUUAACUGCAUUUUUAACUUGUCCCUUGAAGUGUGCAGCAAAUUGCACUUCAGGAUAUAGUUUUUGCUUGAAUAUUAAUUUAGAUAGGCGUAAGACUGUAAUUAAGCAAACAAUAUUUGAUAAAUGUUGAAUGACAUUUAAUUUAAUGGAGCAUGUACUUAUUUGCAUUUGCUGGCAGUUCAGGUAUAGUUUAAGUGAGAGUUCUCCUAUAUUUCAAAACAGUGGGCGCACCCAGACCCAUGUAUUAAAUAAACUGUCCAAGUGAAACUGACUAAUGAUGGCCUAUGUGUAUUUCCUGAAAAUAAUAAUGGUGAAUGUUACUAAAACACUCCUGAUGCUACUUUGAAGUUUGCAAACCCUGCAAACAAAUAGUCUCAUUGUAAUGUUGAAAUAAGUUUGGAUAUUUCACAUUGAAAUGGAAAAAAGCCUUUCGCUGGAACACUUUAAAUUUGCAUUUUAAAUGCAUGAAAUGUAAUUGAUUUUUAUCUGUAAGAUUUUAAAUGGAAUUAAUAAACACCAGAUAAAAUAA